AAAAAGAACUAAAAAAAAAAUGGUAGACCUAAGUCAGCCAUAUCAUUUAUUAUAUUAAAUAUAUAUGGGCUAAACAGUUUAACUCAAAAGCAGAGAUUACCAAAAUGAAUAAAACAAGAUUUAACUAUAUUCUGUCUACAAGAGCUGCAGUUUAAACAUAAAGAGAACAAAUUGAAAGUAAUAGGACGGUAAAAGACAGAAACUCCAGAUAGGGAGCAUAAUAACAACAGAUGAAAUAGACUUCAGUGCAAAGUGUAGUAGCAGAGAUAAGGAACAUUUUCAUAACGAUAUAAGGUCAACUCAUCAGACAUCACACUCAUAAAAUGUUUAUGUAUCUAAUAAGUUUCAGAAUCCACAGAGCAGAACUCAAUAGAAUUAGAGGGAGAAAUAAUAGACCAUCUUGCAAUUGUCAGAAGUUUUAACCUUCCUCUCAUAACAACUGAUAGAAAAACUACCAAAAAAUCAAUAAAGACAUAGAUGAUCUGAACAUUAUCAACCAUGUUGACCCAAUUGAUAUUUCUAGAAUACUAUAAAUGAGCAAAACAAAAAUUUAAAGGCACUUGGUAUAUUCACCAAAUAGACCAUAUGUUAGUCGGUAAAGCAAGUCUCAACACUUUUAAAGGGAAUACAGAGUUUCUCAGACCUCAGUAGGUUGGGGACAGGGCACUUGGAGUGCAGCUAUCAAACUGGCUGGGGCCUUAAUGCUCAGGACAGGGCCCCAGGGCUUCCUGCUUGGCUUCCUUGUCUACCUGAGGGACAGACGGCUUGUCCUCCCUGCUCUGGCCACAGAAGGAGAGCACCCAGCAAGGUGUGGAGUGCGGCCACUGCAAGAUGAGCUUCACGUCCCAGGUAACCGGAGCAGAAAUCCUCAACUUGUCUUGUCUCCCCAGGCCCUGACAGGGGCAGUGAGCACCAUUAAGUUCUUCCUGUCUGAGGCCUUCCUGGGGCGGCACUUCGAGGCGGUGGAGUUGGAAGGCAAGGAGCCCGAGCCGGGAGACCUCUUCCUGUUCAGGCUGUUGUCCCCCACGGGACGCUGGUGCGGGGCCCACGUGGGAGUGUACUGUGGCCGCGGGGAGAUCAUCCAUUUCGAAGGGAGGAAUGUCGCCGGCCAAGGGCCUCACGCGUUUCUGGGCUCCUGCGAAGGCAUUGUAUCCAAACAGGGGCAACGCCCGCUGCAGCGCUCCCGCUCGCUGUGGCGUGUGCUGCGUAGACGUGGCGGCGUUGACCCCGCGGCCCUGGAGCGCCGUGUGCGCGAGGCCAUGGACGCCGAUCCGCCCCCCUACCACCCCACGCGCAGCAACUGCGUGCACUUUGCGCUGCGUCUGCUCGGCCCCUGGCCCACCCCGGACCCCCUGCGAAUAGACGGCAGUCCUGUUAGCUCGAUGUCGGUGGACCUGAACUUGAGUGUGGACUAGGUGUGGCCUUAGGCCCUCCUGACUGUGUACUGGGGCUUCAGAAUGGUCAUUAAACUAUUUUGCAAAGAUGA